AUGGCUACAACAUUAAUGCUACUGGCUUCAUUAUUGGCUUUCUUUUGUCCACCUUCGUCAUCAUCUUCAUCCUCUGAUGGUCUAUGGGCAGGCUCAUCUCUAUCGGUGGAGAAAACAGGCGAUGUGUUGACUUCACCCGGUGCCAUUUUCAGUGCUGGAUUCCACCCUGUUGGAGACAAUGCUUAUUCCUUUGCGAUAUGGUUCAACACACCAUCUUGCAGUCCUAUUGCUAAAAACUGCACCAUCGUUUGGAUGGCGAAUCGGGACCAACCAGUCAAUGGAAGACGCUCAAAGCUCUGUCUACUGAAAUCAGGUAACCUUGUUUUAAAAGAUGCUGGUCAGAUCAAUGUUUGGGAAACCAGAACUUUCUCCAAGUCCCCUACUAAUUUAACAAUUGAAGAUGGGGGUAAUCUCAUCCUGCGUAACUUGGAAGGCCAUGUAUUGUGGCAAAGCUACGAUUCGCCCACGGAUACUCUCCUUCCUCUUCAACCAUUCAAUGAGAAUUCGAAGCUGGUGUCAUCAAGAAGCCAAGGAAAUUACUCAUCAGGUUUUUUUCAUCUUUAUUUUGCCCCGGAUAAUGUCCUGUGCCUGCUGUACAAAGGUACCGAGUAUUCAAGCGUUUACUGGCCAAGUCCCACGCUUUUGAGAUGGGAAGCUGGAAGAACCACUGACAAUAAUAGCAAAAUCGCCGUCCUCGAUUCUUUGGGAAAAUUUAGUUCAACUGAUAAUUUUACUUUCUUGUCAGCUGAUUAUGGCUCAAAGAUUUCAAGAAUGUUGAAGAUGGAUUUUGAUGGCAAUAUUCGACUGUAUAGUCUAAAAAAAGAUGGAGAAACUUGGGUCAUUUCGUGGCAAAUUUUCCGUCUACCAUGUAGGGCUCAUGGAUCUUGUGGACCAAACAGCAUAUGCGUUUAUACUCCUAAUCUUGGCAGGAAAUGCUCUUGCAUUCCAGGAUAUAAGAUGAGCAAUCAGUCUGAUUGGUCUCUUGGAUGUGAACCAGAAUUUCAUCUUUCUUGUAACCAAACCGAACAGGUCGGUUUCUUGAAACUCCGAAAUGUUGAAUUCUAUGGCUAUGAUUUGAACAUGUAUUCUAAUGUCACUUUAAAGGGUUGCGAGAAAAUUUGCUCGCAGAUGUGUGGUUGCAAGGGUUUCCAGUUCAGAUUUUCUAAAGCUCAUCAACCAGGUGGUAUAUAUUGUUAUACCAAGACACAGCUGUUGAAUGGAAAUCGCGGAGGAAAUGGCCAUUGUGAUUUCUACUUGAAAGUCCCCAAAGCAAAUCUUUCCUUUUACAAUAGCACUACUGUUGAUUCCGAGUUGCAAUGUUCCAACAAAGUGCAGAUUUUGGAACUAACGUAUUCCAGAAGUUCCGGCAGGCAUGAAAAUGAGCCAUUGGAAUUUGUAAUGUGGGCGGUAUGUGCAGUUGGAGGAAUCGAGUUUCUUGCCAUUUUCUUUGUAUGGUGUUUCCUGAUUAGAACCCGCCGCAACUCGAGUCCGAAGGCAAGCAACCUUCUCGCUGCAACUGGCUUCAGAAAUUUCACCUAUGCUGAACUUAAAAAGGCGACAAAUAGUUUCUGUGAAGAGAUUGGAAGAGGAGCAGGAGGAAUGGUGUUCAAGGCCACACUGUCCGAUGGUCGAGUUGCCGCAAUCAAGCGACUCGUCGAUCCUAACCAAGGGGAAGCCGAAUUUCUUGCAGAAGUGAACACCAUUGGAAAGCUUAAUCACAUGAACUUAAUAACGAUGUGGGGGUAUUGUGCGGAAGGAAAACAUAGGCUUCUGGUGUACGAGUACAUGGAACAUGGAUCUCUGGCCGAAAAUCUCUCUUUUAAAGCACUUGAUUGGAAAAAGAGAUUCGAUAUUGCCGUGGGAACCGCAAGAGGCUUAGCUUAUUUACAUGAAGAAUGUUUGGAAUGGGUUCUCCAUUGUGAUAUAAAGCCUCACAACAUUCUCAUAGACUCCAAAUUCCAGCCUAAAGUGUCCGAUUUUGGCCUUUCUUGGCUGCUAAAUCGAGGUGAUGUUAAGAAUUCGAUAGUCUCGAGAAUCCGAGGAACUAGAGGGUAUAUGGCACCUGAGUGGGUGUCAAAUUUGCCCAUCACCUCCAAAGUCGAUGUCUAUAGCUAUGGGAUAGUGUUAUUGGAGUUGGUGACAGGAAGAAGCCCCGCUAUGGGAAUCUCAGUAACCGAUAAUGAUAGUCCAAAAGAGCAAACAACGUUGGUUGCAUGGGUGAGAGAGCAUUUGGGAAGUGCCCAAGAGAUGGAGACAAGGAAGCAUGAGAUAAUAGAUCCCAAGCUUGAAGGAAUAUAUGAUGAGGCUCAGCUGCUAAAUCUGGUUGCUGUGGCUCUGAAAUGCGUUCAGGAAAGUAAAGACGCGAGACCGACGAUGGGUGAAGUAAUUGAGAUGCUCCUUCAUAAAGAAGAAAGCCAAAGCAUCUCCACUGGAUAUUAA